AAGCAUCAAACAACUUGGUUCGACUUAGGGAUGUCCAUAAAAGAUCGAUUUUUGAUAGAUCAUUUGGGCAUCCCUACAGUUUGAGUUUGUUCUACCUAACUACAAUUUGUGACGUCAAUGGCCGUUACUGUCAUUGGAUUAUCAGCCGUUAUUAUUUUGACAGAAGUCCAAGUUAUCUUCUAACCUGUACAUCCAUGUAUAGAUUUUACAAUCGUUAUUGACAUUUUAGAUUCAUGUUGCGUCCUAGAAAGUUCUGGAAUAAAAUAUGUACUUGCCGACGUUUUUAGGGUAGAACUGUAGAUUUAAUCAUAGAUCAAUGAUCGAGGUUAGAACCAUGAAUAGCCGAUAUUUAUUCGCACAAAAAUAGGAAGAAUUUCGUAUUGAACCGAAAUCAAGAAAAUGGGUCCACCACCGGUGGUAACGGGAAUAUCGCCCAAGGAAGGACCGCCAGGAACCCGUGUUAUUGUUCGCGGUGAAUUCCUGGGAAACAAAGCUCAAGACCUUGUAGGCUUAACAAUAUGUGGUUGUGAUUGCCUUCUGUCUGCCGAAUGGAAAUCCACCAACAAGAUUAUUGCUAGGUCGGGACCUUGCAAAGGUCGUGGAGACAUUAUAGUUACAACCAGAAGUGGAGGACAAGGGACAUCGACGGUACAAUUCCGUGGGUAUCAUGAAACUAUAGGGCCUAUGAAAGAGUCAGCAGUAUGGGUGGAAGAAGCUCCUUUACAAAGUUUUGUCUGGGGAAGGAGAACACUUUCGCCAACGAAUUAUCAACAGGAAGACCCUCUAGGUCUGAGCGUGGAGGGCAAUGACAAAAAGUUCCCUGAAGAUGAGUUGAUGGAACUUUUUGGAGAAGGCAGCGGUGAUCUUACAAACGAGAAAUUUCAUCCUGGUUGGUUUCUGUUGCAACACCAUCAUGCUACCACUUUUGAGGAUCUCAAAGCUGGAUUGGCGUAUCUUAAAAGAAAAGUCAAUUCCCAAAAGGAGGGUCAACUAUCAUUUUUAAAGGCUAAUGUAGGGUCAGUAAUGGAACAAUUAGACACAAUAAUGUUACUAAAAGAACAAUUCGAAACAGAUAUAAAGACGUAUGGUGGUGACCCUACCGAGAAAUUAGAGAAAGCUAUUCAACAAUCUAUGACCGAAGCUAAUAAAUUAUUUGACGAUGUAUUAGCAAGAAGAGAUAGAGCAGAUGCAACAAGAAAUGCUCUGGCAGUAAUGCAACGAUAUAAGUUCCUUUUUUGUAUGCCAAUUAAUAUAGAGAAGAAUAUUAAACGGGGCAAUUACGAUCUCGUGAUUAAUGACUACGCUAGAGUAAAGAAUUUAUUUAAAACCACCGAAGUGGAGGUCUUCAAACAGGUGUUACAAGAAAUCGAUAAUAGAAUCGAAAUGCUCAAGGUAUUUCUAAAGAACAAAUUGGAAGAAAUGCCUUUGAGUUUGGAAGAACAUAAAAAGAUAAUUAGAAAUCUUGUUAAUUUGGAAGCUGAAGGAGAUCCAGCUUGGGAUGCGAUAGUUUCACACGCAAAUUACUUGAAAAAGAGUAUUACGGCUUGUGUACAGGAACAUUUGGAAGCAGAAAAUUCGAGCGGGGAUGAUCUGAACAAAUCAAAAUUUGGACAGAAUAACAAACAACUAAAAACGAAUAAGAAUGACGAUGGUAAUAUGUUUCCACAAAUAUUGUGCAUUGAAGCAAUUUGUGAUAUCAUAGUUGAACAGAUACCAGAUCUUUGGAGAUUAGGUCAGAGCUAUUUUACCGGGCAAUUGCAUGUCGCGGUGGACGUGGAAAAACAAACACCUUUCAAAAAUAUCGUGCUAUCUAGCAUGCAACACGCAAUGGAAGCUAUGAGAAAUAUGUGCAGUAACGAACAGGACGCAGUUUGGCUUCUACAUACUUUGCGCAGGAUUAGACAAAUGUACGCUUCGCUGAUUCACUUAGAUUUGCCGAGCGAUGCAUUGGAUAUUUUUGGAAAACUUAUACUGGAUCUAAGAUUACAGUGCUUUGCUAGUCUUUUCAAGCAAACAGCAGAAAAGAUUGCAGCUUUGAAUAAAAAGGAAACUUGGCAAAUUGAAUACGUGAACGAAGAUGGCGGUGUUACUAGAGUGCCAUAUUUAUUCGAGGAUAUGGUCAUGGAUGUUUCAAAGCGGGCACGGGACACUGUUGUAGCUUGUGGUCCUCGAGAAGGUCAAUUGUUCGCUAAUCCUGCGCAUCAACAAUUGUAUUAUAACUCUAUCAAAGCACUGUUUACGUCGUUCGCACGAUGUUUACAGCAAUUAGCAUUCAGUGGCUGCGAGGAGGCUUUAGACGACGACGAAUCUUCCGUUUCUCAAUUAGUUGGUUCUCCUUCCGGCUAUAAAAGCAAGAGCAAUAAACAUCACGGCCCAACAUGGGAACAAUGCCUUUUAAUUUCGUUAAGUAAUAUUCGCUACACGUUGAAAACCAUUCUACCAAAAAUUGGAGACGCGUUAAAAGAAAUGGAUUACCCGAGCUUAUCAAACGCGGUUGGAUGGAACUCUGAUUGGACAUUGGAAACGUUGGAUACUGCCGUUUUGGAAGCGUAUUUGGAACGACGUUGUGAUCCAUUAGUCGGUACAAUUGAGCCCAGUAUGUAUCUGGGUGGUCUGGAAUGGGAUUUCGAAACAGAACCGACUCACGUGAGACCGUACGCCCAAGAAAUUUUAGCAAAUCUAAUUGCUGUACAUGCAGAAGUGCGCCGGGUCGCGCCAGCUUUGCUAUAUCGAGUAUUGUCUCACAUUGUUGAGACUGUGGCAGAGGAGUUAGCAAGACUUAUGUCAUGUGUUACUCAAUUUCGACCCGCUGGUAUUGUUCAAGCACGAACCGACAUCAUACUUCUGCGGAAUGCCUUGCGAGCUUAUAGUACAACCAGAGCAAAAAACUUCUUCGAGGAGGCCCUAGACGCUAUACCCCAACCGGUCAACAAAGAGGAUCGCAUGCGAAUCGAUAUUCUGUUGACAAAAGUGACGAACUCCAUGCAAUUACAGUUAUCGUGUCUUGCCAGUAACACAACAAAUAAUACUCCGCAACUGGUAGCCGAUCCUAAUCGAAUUACCACUGUAUAGUAACACUAGAGCUUUAAGGACCUAAUGUAUUACACUCGCCGUUAUAUUUUUAUACCGUUGCAACGGGACUCUAUAUAAUACAGUAUCCUUACUUGCUACUAUUGUCAUGGAUAAACGAGAAACAUCUUCAGAUGUAAAACUGUAUCGACAGAUGCGCACGAUUAGUGCUGAAAAAUAGAAUUUGUUUAUUACAGAGGUUUAUUACAAGAAUAUUACUUUGGA